CAUCUAACUGAAGAGACUCUGAAAAUUUCAGCUGUUCCUGUAUCUGCUGACCAGGGGACUGAAAAGACAAUAGUUCCUUCUAGUUCCUAUUCACGAAGAGAGAAGCACAUUAUUUUCUCCCAGCAACAGUUGUCAGAUGGUCAUCUAACUAAACAGGUUCUGAAAGUUUCAUUUGUUCCUGGGCCAGCUGAUCAAAACACUGGGAUACCUACAUUAUCUUCACAUUCCUACCCACUUGGAGAGAAGCCCGAUAUCUUUUACCAACAGGUCUUGCCAGAUAGUCAUUUAAUUGAACAGACUCAGAAAAUUGUGGCUCUUCCUGAACCAGCUGACCAGAAGACUAGGAUACCCUCUACUUCUUACUCACACAGAGAGAGGCCCCCUAUUUUCUAUCAACAGACAUUGCCAGAAAGUCAUCUAACUGAACAGGCUCUGAAAUUUUCUGCUCCUGGAUCCACUGAGCAGAAGAUUGGGAUACCAACCUCUACUUUCCUCUCACGUAGAGAGAAGUCCAGUAUUUUCUACAAACAGGAGUUGCCAGAUAGUCAUCUAAUUGAACAGGCUCAGAAAGUUCCAUCUGUUCCUGGACCAGCUGACCAGGAUACUGGGAUACCAGUAGUGCCCUCUAGGCCCUACUCUCUUGGCGAGAAGCCCAAUGUUUUCUAUCAGCAGGUAUUACCAGAUAGUUCUCUAACUGAAGAGGCUCUGAAAGCUUCAUCUGCUCCUAGGCCAGGUGACCAGAAGACUGGGAUACCAGCAGUAUCCUCUAGUUCCUACUCACAUAGAGAGAAGCCUGGUAUUUUCUACCAGAAGGUCUUACCAAGCAGUCAUCAAUCUGAAGAGGCUCUGAAAGUUUCAGUUGCUUCUGAACCAGCUGAAAAAAAUAGUGGGUUACUAUCAGAAGCUUCUAAUUUCUACUCACAUAGAGAGAAGCACAAUAUUUUUUACGAACAGGAGUUGACAGACAGUUCUCUAACUGAACAGGCUCAGAAAGUUUCACCUGUUCCUGAACCUACUGACCAGAAGACCGAGAUAUCAACAAUAACUUCUUCUUACUCGGAUGUAGAAAAGCCCUUUAUUUUCUACCCACAGAGCUUGCCAGACAGUCAUCUGCCUGAAGAAGCUCUAAAAGUUACAGGUGUUUCUGAACCCACUGACCAGAAGACUGGAAUACCAGUAGUUCCCUCUACUUCCUACUCAUCUAAGGAGAAGCCCAUUUUUUCCCCUCAGGCCUUGCCAGGCAGCCAGUUACUUGAAGAGGCUCUGAAUAUUUCAGCUGUUUCUGUAUCAGCUGACCAGAAGACUGGGUUGCCAUUAGAACCUUCUAGUUCCUACGCACCUAGAGAGAAGCCCAUUACUUUAUACCCACAGGACUUGACAGACAGCCAGGUGUCUCAGGAGGCUCUGAAAGUUUCAGCUGUUCCUGGAUCAACUGACCAGAAGACUGGGUUGCCAUCAGAACUUUCUAGUUCUGACUCACCUAGAGAGAAGCCCAUUACUUUAUACCCACAGGACUUGACAGACGGCCAGGUACCUCAAGAGAUUCUGAAAGUUUCAACUGUUCCUGGACCAACUGACCGGAAGACUGGGUUGACACCAGAACCUUCUAGUUCCUACUCACCACAAGAGAAGCCCGUUAUUUUUUCCCCUCAGGCCUUGCCUGGCAGUCAGUUACUUGAAGAGGCUCUGAAAGUUUCAGUUGUUCCUGGACCAGCUGACCAGAAGACUGGGUUGCCAUCAGAACCUUCUAGUUCCUACUCGGCUAGAGAGAAGCCCAUUAUUUUCUACCCACAGGGCUUGACAGAUGGCCAGGUACCUCAAGAGGUUCUGAAAGUUUCAUCUGUUCUUGGACCAACUGACCAGAAGCCUGGGUUGACACCAGAACCUUCUAGUUCCUACUCACCACAAGAGAAGCCCAUUAUUUUUUCCCAUCAGGCCUUGCCUGGCAGUCAGUUACUUGAAGAGGCUCUGAAAAUUUCAGCUAUUCCUGGACCAGCUGACCAGAAGACUGGGUUGCCAUCGGAACCUUCUAGUUCCUACUCGGCUAGAGAGAAGCCCGUUAUUUUCUACCCACAGGGCUUGAUAGAUGGCCAGGUACCUCAGGAGACUCUGAAGGUUUCAGCUAUUCCUGGACCAGCUCACCAGAAGACUGGGUUGACACCAGAACCUUCUAGUUCCUACUCCCCGUGGGAGAAGCCCAUUAUUUUCUACCCAGAGGGCUUGACAGACUGUCUGGUAUCUCAGGAGGCUCUGAAAGUUUCAGCUGUUCCUGGACCAACUGACCAAAAGAUUGGGUUGCCAUCAGAACCUUCCAGUUCCUAUUCACCUCGGGAGAAGCCCAUUAUUUUCUACCCACAGGGCUUGACAGAUGGCCAGGUGCCUCAGGAGGCUCUGAAAGUUUCAGCUAUUCCUGGACCAGCUGGUCAGAAGACUGGGUUGCCAUCAGAACCUUCCAGUUCCUAUUCACCGUGGGAGAAGCCCAUUAUUUUCUACCCAGAGGGCUUGGCAGACAGUCAGGUAUCCCAGGAGGAUCUGAAAGUUUUAGCUAUUCCUGCACCAGCUGACCAGAAGACUGGGUUGCCAUCAGAACCUUCCA